GCCGAUUAUACUAACCCACGAGUUUUUAUCAUUUGCCGGUUCCUUGUUGAGUGUGCUUAAGGCACAGUGUUAUGAAGUACUGAAUAUACGGAGAGGGAUUACACAGCAGAAUCAAAAUGAUGGCAACUUUGAUGAGAAAAUGGGAUGAAGUGCUCAAAAAUGCAGAUCCACGUGUUGCCGACUGGUUCAUGAUGUCAACUCCAUUACCCAGCUUUAUCAUUUGCUUUCUCUACGUGGUGAUUGUCAAGCUGGGACCAUGGUUAAUGCGCGACAGGAAACCCUUCGAAAUGAAAAAUGUUUUACUUGCUUACAACUUGGUUAUGGUCAUCAUAUCAGCAUACACAUUGGAAGAGUUUUUAAAUGCUGGUUGGCUGGCAGGUUACAGUCUACGAUGUGAACCAGUCGACUACUCCACAUCACCACAGGCCCUCCGGAUGGCCAAAGUUUGCUGGUUGUUUUACAUAACUAAAUUCCUGGAACUGUUUGAUACGAUUUUCUUCAUAAUGAGGAAAAAAUUCAACCAGGUGUCAUUCCUGCAUGUGUUUCAUCACGGAAUUAUGCCAGUGUCAUGGUGGUUUGGAGUCAAGUUUGUACCAGGUGGAUUCGGAACGUUUCACUCGACGUGUAACUCAUUUAUUCACUUCAUGAUGUACACGUACUACGGCCUGGCAGCGCUGGGACCGGAGUACCAGAAAUACCUGUGGUGGAAGAAGUACAUGACCAAGAUGCAGAUUAUUCAGUUUAUUUGUGUUGUCAUUCACACGGCUCAACUUCUGUUUAUUGAAUGCAACUACCCCAAGACAUUUGUUUACAUAAUUGGAAGCUAUGCUUUCGUCUUCCUUGUAAUGUUUGCUGAUUUUUACUUCAAAACCUACAAGGCGAAGAGAAGUGAAACUCAGAAGUCUACUCACAUUAAAAAUGGAACUGCAGGAAAAAGAAAAGUGAAUUAAGUUAUUAUCUUCAGUUUGCUUGAUACUUUUGCAUUUUUGUACGUCCUUUUGUAAUAUUAUUUUUCUAUCAAGUUUAUUCGAAGCAACAUUCUUAAGUUUAAAUAGAGAAUACAUGUUAGCUUCUCAGAUUUCAAGAUGAAAGCAAAUUCUAGAAAUUCAGAAGUCAUUGUAGAAAUUAGUCUUAAAAUUAGACUUCAGUCAGACUGGUAGUACAUUAACAGUGAGGCAGGAGACUUAGACAAAUGUGGAUCAAAAAUCAAGAUUUAUAUUAUCACUCCUAAAAAUCUAGAUUUCUCUAUAUAUCUGGAACACUGUCAAACAAGAUGAAAGGCAAAACCUGCUUUUGAAACUGUCAGAAAACAUGUUGAGCAUUUUGAACUGGAUUUGUCAUCUGCCUCCUGUCAGUUUUAAACCUUGGUAUAAUCUAACUUCAUUAGGCAUUUAAUAAGGUGAAAUGCAGCUUUGGGUAAUUUGACAUAAUUUAAAAAAACCCCAAAACCAGGCAUAUAAUUUUAGAACACUGAAUAUUAAAAUAUAGAAUAGCACAGCCAUGGAUCUUUUAUGUUAUUAUUCCUAUUGAUAAACAUAAAAUAAGAAAAAUUCCCAUUUACCUCUUAUAGCUGUUCCUCUUAUUGUUAACAAUCUAUUAAUGAGAGAGAGCUAAGAGCAGCUACAACAACACAAUUAAAUGAUAUGUAUUGAAUAAUCAGCAUUGUUAAAAAAAAAGUAAUAAUGUAUCUAAAAUUUAGACAGAUUGUUGUAUUUUUAGAGGAUAAAAUUUAGUGUAAUUCUGCCACAUAUACAAAAGAAAUAAUGCAUAUAAUAAACACAAUAAAGGGAACAAACAAAGAAAAUUGUCAAGGCACUGACCCCAGUUAUUAAGCAUUGAAAUUUUAUUUUGACUACUAGUAUUACAGAUUUUUGUGCAUUAAAAUGCACAUAACUUACAAUUUCCUACUUAAAUUAUUUAUUUUGGCAAAUUCAACAUGUUCAUGGUGUUUGUAGGAGCUCAAAAUUAAUUUUGUGGAAAACGGACAGAAAAGAAUUAUACCUCAAGAAUUCAUUUUGAAACAUUAACAUUGACAGCAUCACAUGCUUUAAAGUAAUUUGUGAAUUUUCUAGUCUUGGGAUCCACUGCUGCUGUUUAGGUGUAACCGAUGUGAUGGCUUGGGGUUAUUUUCUAAUGCUCUAGACUAGAAGUCACAGUUGUUAAAUGCUUAAGACACAAAAGCCACUAAUUAAACAAUGUGCUGAGGUAUCAUUAAAGACUUCUUUUCUUUCUACAGUAGAAUUGCUUCUGUUAUCAUCCCACCUGUACGCAGAUAUAGAUACUACUUUCUGAUGGCAUCAACGGCAUCAAUUUUUGUGUUUAGCUCAAUGUUAAAGUUGUGUAUUUAUCUCAAUUCCUCACAAAUUGUAAGUCCUACCUCAAUGAAACUUGGUUUAAAUAGUUGCACCUGUGGAGUUGAUCAUAAUGUGUGUUAAAUUAUUAUUAUUAUUAUUUUAAUAUAAUUGUUUUUAGAAAUGAAUAGACAAUAACAGGUUAAUGAUGUAGGUUAUCAGCUUUAUCCAGUGAGGUAAGAAUGUGUAAAUCCAUGAGGCUUGUUGAGUGUAAUUCCCCAUUCAUCCUCAAUGGGAUAAAGCUUAUUACUAACAAUAUUAUUGUGUUGUUAUUUUUGUCCUGUAACAAAUAAAUGAUGUAUGAUCAAUCUAUGCAAGUUCGCCUUUUGCAUAAUGUCAAACAAGAGCCAUGAUGACAAGCGUUAAAUUUGUUGUGUCAAAAAUUACUUUCUAAACUCUUUAAUUCAUAAUUAAAUAUACAUGUUUUGCUAUAUGUACAAUGACAAAAAGAUUUUGUUUCCAUAUACUGUAUGGAAAUUAACGAUAUGAAAAACUAAACCAUUGAAAAUCUUUACGAAAGUAAGCAUUUGAGACUGGCUUAAGUCACCUGACAAAUGAUAGAUUAGGUUUAUGAAGUUUAUUUUAAAAUUAUGUAAUAUAUAUACCAAUGUAAUCUGUAUAUGCUUAUCGAGUUAGAACACCAAGUUAUUAUUUCAGUUAUUAAUUUCAUAUGAAGUUUUUGUUUACUAUAUACUUUUCUAGAUUGGUAUAUAAAGAAAUAUCUUUUUUUGAGCAGCUACAUUCAUUCUUUUACUGUUAUUUCCUCCCUCCAUUCCCCCCUCAGUAUUUGUUGAUCAAUAUCACUGAUAUUAUUACAUCUAUUGUUGUAUCGGUAGUCCGUUUAUUUUCUGUUUGAAAGUUAAGUCAUGGAGUUUUAACAAAUCUCACUGCAUGUAUUUUUGUUUGUAUUCUGUUUGUAUUCAGUAAUGUGAACUAUUUUGCCAUCCAGCAAUCUUCAAGUUCCCCCUCGUUCAAAUGAUCAUGAUGUAUUCUAGUAACUCAUGAGUUAUCCCCCUUGGCAAGAAGAUCACGUGGAGUUGAUGAAAUAAAAUGCUCAAGUGUGUCUGUUAAAGUGUGUGUACAUUCAGAAUAGUUCCAGUUAAAUAUGUUUACAGUGAAAAUGUUGUAAUCAUGGUUGUCGCAAAGAGGUCUGACAUUAUUUAAAUCCCGGUGUAUUUACACUUGUACAAUGAUAAAUAUCAUGUUGCAUGUAUUACAUUUUUAUAAAGAAUUUGUAUUUAAUACAUUUUUGCAUCAAUUAAUGUUUUAAUUGUUAAUGUUAUCUUAAUAAAAGCUUGUUACACCUGUUUGUAAUUUAAUUCAGGACAUUUUAGGCAAACAAAAGCAUCUGCCUAUACCAGCAACAUUUAGGUAAUUAACGGGUAGCCAGAUGUUUGUAUCAAUUAUUAGCUGAUUAAAAGGACACAAGGUGGCACUCGUCUAAAAGCCAGCAAUAGUUUGAAAAUACAUUUACGCUGCAAUCUCAUGUCCCUGUUUUGUAAUAUCUAUAAUUCCAAAUGUAAACACACAUAGCUACAGUUUUAAUAUGUAUUAAUGAUUCUAAUACAACAGUCAUAUAAGCCUUUUUCCCAUUGGUUAAUUUUCAUGAUAAAUCCGACGAUAGAUGUAAGCUGUCAUGGGCAACCAGGAUUUAUCACGAUGACAAAAUUCUGAGAACUCGUCUGAUAUGCUGUCAAUUAGCCUCAUGUGUGGUGUUUUCAUUCAUAACAAAAUUAUUCAUAAUUAUUAUGAUUGAAUAUUAAAGAUACAAUGAAACCUAUCAAAACAAAAAAUCUGUCAAACAGAAUUGCUCCAAAACUAAAUGUUUUUCAAGGUCCCUUUUUAAAUAUCAGUCCAGAACAGAACUUCUGUAAAUGGACACCACUUAAAACGGGACAUUUUAUUUGUUCCUGUGUGUGUCUGGUUUAGAGGGGUUUUACUGUGUACUGACAACGCAGUUUUAAUAUAAAUUUUGGGUAUUGCAAUAGAUAGAUGUUGCUUUAAGGUUUUAUGAUGUGAUUGUUAUAUUAACAUUUAAGCGUGUGUUUUUUUCUUCUAUUUACAGGCAUUAUCAGUUAUAUUGUAAACAGAAAUUUAAAUCCACACGUGUAACUGUUAUAUCUAAAAUAUUGGAAUGUUUUGUCUGUUUAAUAAUUUUUGUCCAAAUGAAAUAGAAAUAGCUGUCCAUGAGUCCAUUCAUCUGUAUGACAUUUUCAGGAGCUUAAUUUUUCAUUUUGUUAUUUGUUUCUUACAAUAUUACUUGAUUUCACUACGAGGAAAUUAGAAGCUAAAAUUUAUGAAAGAUUAUCAUUAUGCAUAUGUUUUAGAUGCAUUUUAAGUCUGAAAUGUAGAUGAAAUAAGAUGUGCACAUGUGGCUAAAUAUAUUGGGCCAAAUUUACGAAGCCUGUUUUUCUUAAACACAGGUGUUUAAGACUUGUAAAUGUGUGUGUAGUCACUGUAGUGACACGUAUGCAGGUCUAAAAGAGGCUUUGUAAAUUCGGCCCAUUAAUUUUUAUGGUAAACUAUACAAUAUACUAAUUCCCAGCUACUUGGAAAAGUUAAAUUUUACUAAACGAUGAAUUAAGCCAUCCAUGUAUUUUCCAAAUAUUAAAUUAAAAUUUUUGAAAAUAAAAACCUGGCAUCAUGGAGGAGGAGUGGACCGAUAUUUCCCCUCCCUCAGAGCUGUCCCUGAUUGAUCUCUGAUCUCUCCAAGUGUUCAGAGCUGUCCCUGAUUGAUCUCUGAUCUCUGAUCUCUCCAAGUGUUCAUAACACAAAAUCUCGCAGUUUGCAUUGUGUAGUUUGAACAUAGACAAAUAAAAAUAAUGGAACAAUGGAUGCGAGUCUUUUCUUAUCACAAACUAUAAUUGAUGAAGGAAAUUCAUAACAGUUUCAAGAUUGAUGUUAUGAUUUUACAAAUUGCAAAAUAGCAUACCACAUUGAUCUUACAAAUGGGAAUCUUUUAAUAUAAUUUUUUUUUUAAGUUUGUUUUGUUUAACACCACCACUAGAGCACAUUGAUUAAUAAUCAUCGGCUAUUGGAUGUUGAAUGAAAAAAAAUGUAAUCACUAGUACAUAUUGCUAAGCCCUUAGUUACCUCCCUUUACUUUCAUUUCUUUUCUGUUACUAUUUGUUUCUCGUUUCACAUUCAUUAAUUAUGUUUUUAAAUAGUUAGUUUAUUGAAAAAUAAGUACUAGCAGGUAUUGUACUGAUUAGAUAUCCUUUUGUAUAAAUAUUAUAUGCUGUGAACUAUUUUUAGUAAGUCAAUCAGUGGGAAGGCACGGUUUUCAAUUUUAAAAUCCUAUUUUUGUGACACAAGAACCAUUGCAUAUUAUUACUUUCUCUUCAUAAUUUGGGAGGAUCGUUUGUUAAUAUGAAAGCAAAAUUUCCCCAAAUGGGGUGGGAUUUACAUUGCUAACUUUGUUAUGUUCUUGUCUUAGUACAAACAAGAGAAAACAAAUUAGAUGCUUUGGUUUGCUAUAGCAUGUGUGUUAUGUAGCUUUGAUGCUUUAUAAAUAUAUAUUUUUAUACCCAACUGUUAUAAACUUUAAUUGCAAAUGCAAAGAUGAGAAUGUUACAGCCUUUUUUAUAUUUGGUGAUAAGUUUCAGAUAUCUUUAUACCAGUAUUUUAUUUCUGUUAAUGCUUUCAGAUCAUUGUAUAUUUCUAUUGACUAGAAGGACUUGUUCAGUCAAAAUAUAUUCUGUUUCUUUAUGCAUCGCUUUGUUUGUCUGUCUGUCUCUCUUUCUCUAUUCGCCUCUCUCUCUGUCUGUCUGUCUGCCUACCUGUCUCAAACAUAUCAAAUGCAUAUUCAUAUAUAUAUACACAUUAUUCUUAUUUGCCAUGUAUUCCAUGUGCAUACAAUUACUUUUGUUAAGAGUAGAAUGCAUUUAAUUAUGACUGGAUAUUUCUUUUACUGUUGUUAUGUAGUAAAUUUUCUCUGUACUAUUAUACAAUCUGUCGUAUGUGUAUGUGUGAAAGUGAAAAUCAUUAAAACAUUUUUUUGUGAACUUGUGCCUGUUAACGUAGACCACUUUCAAGUGUUUUUCGACUUUCAUAUGAGAUCAAGUCUCUGAAAAUUGCAAGUUAGAAUGAUCAUUAAAAAUCCAAUUUUAUGUAACCUGUUUUUACACAUUAAAUUCAGGACAUAAUGGGUUUUGCAAAAAGGGAAUGGGCUACUAGAAUUUAUUUUUGCUUGCUUAACACAUUUAUGUAUUAAACAAAGAUUCAAUUAUCAGUGGCUUCUGAUAUGGUACUUUUGUAUUUGGGGAAAGGGGAUGGAGAGGGAAGGAUGGAAUUUGCGUAGAAUUGUUUUGAGGACACGUCAUUUUAAAAGGAUCUGUUCUAAAAAUGCUCAGUUCUGUAGCCAUGGGUAGGGAUGUUUCCGCAGACAUCUUGCCUCUCGUAUGCCUGUGCUCAAUUUACAUUUGUUGAGGAAAAUUUUCUUUGACAUAAUCCAAAUAUUUCAGGCCUCAAACGACCAUUUUGAAAGAUUUUUGCAAACUGCUCAAUUUUGAGCCUGUCUUUAGUAAUUUUGUAUCAAAUAAACAUAAUUUUUUUUUUUUUAUUCCCUUGGUCAACAGCAAUAAUGUUUAUCCAGCAACACAAAAAUGCUUUCGGUAAAGCCAUCGACACAUGGCAAUUCUUAUUGCAGCUACAGCAAACUGUCGGUGCCGUUGUUAAGUUCGCACCCUGCGUGUAAUGGUUUUGUGGUAUUUUUUAAAAAUAAAGCCACUAUUAUUUUAUUUUUAUAGUACACACAUGUAGUACAGAUAAUAAUAUCUACUAAAUUUAAAUUAUUGACAACAGCUAUGUAUACCUGUUAUUGUUGAAAUAUAUUCUCUUUGUUCAUUAAUACAGUAUAUUGGUUUGCC